AUGUUUAGCUGGCUUAAAAAAGAGGGUGAAAAAACUGAAAGUAUCGAAAAUGUCGUGGAGGGUCUUAAAAGAAUUUAUAAGACGAAACUUUUACCACUCGAAUUGCAUUAUCAGUUCCACGACUUCCACUCUCCACAGCUCGAGGAACCAGACUUCGAUGCGAAACCGAUGAUUCUGCUCGUUGGUCAAUACUCGACGGGUAAAACUACAUUUAUCAAAUAUUUGUUAGAAAGGGAUUUCCCAGGAAUACGUAUUGGACCAGAACCUACAACAGAUAGAUUCAUCGCGGUCAUGCACGAUGAGAAAGAAGGUAUGAUUCCCGGAAAUGCACUCGUCGUAGACCCAAAGAAACAAUUUCGUCCAUUGAGUAAAUUCGGAAACGCCUUCCUCAACAGAUUUCAAUGUUCCACUGUAAAUUCGCCGGUACUACGUGGAAUUUCAAUUGUGGAUACGCCUGGUAUUUUGUCUGGUGAAAAGCAACGUGUUGACAGAGGAUACGAUUUUACCGGUGUUCUCGAAUGGUUCGCAGAGCGUGUCGAUCGUAUCAUCCUGUUGUUUGACGCCCACAAACUAGAUAUUUCAGAUGAGUUCAGGCGGAGUAUUGAAGCGUUGAGAGGUCAUGAUGACAAAAUUCGUAUUGUAUUAAAUAAAGCUGAUAUGAUUGAUCAUCAGCAGCUGAUGCGAGUAUAUGGCGCUCUGAUGUGGUCGUUAGGCAAGGUGCUGCAAACACCUGAGGUAGCCAGAGUGUACAUAGGAUCAUUUUGGGACCAACCUCUACGCUACGAUGUCAACAGGCGAUUAUUUGAGGAUGAGGAACAGGAUUUGUUUAGAGAUAUGCAAUCUCUACCGCGAAAUGCAGCAUUACGUAAAUUGAAUGAUUUAAUCAAAAGGGCACGACUUGCCAAAGUUCAUGCAUAUAUAGUUAGUGAGUUAAGAAAAGAAAUGCCUUCAAUGUUUGGCAAAGAUGGUAAAAAAAAAGAAUUGAUUAAAAAUUUAGGUCAAGUUUAUGAUAGAAUUCAAAGGGAACAGCAAAUUUCUCCUGGUGACUUCCCAGAUAUCAAGAAAAUGCAAGAAACACUAGCUAAUCAUGAUUUCACCAAAUUCCACCCUCUGAAGCCUAAGUUAUUAGAGGUUGUGGAUCACAUGUUGGCCACAGACAUAGCUCGUCUCAUGGACAUGAUCCCACAGGAAGAUGUCAACAUUGUCACCGAGCCCCUCAUCAAAGGUGGCGCGUUCGAAGGCGUAGAAGACCAAGUGUCGCCGUUCGGCUAUGGUCGCGGCGAAGGCGUGGACGCCGGACACGGAGACCCCGAGUGGAUUUGCAGCAAGGAGAAGCCUCAGUACGACGAAAUAUUCAAAUCUCUGAACCCUAUCGAUGGAAAAGUCACCGGAGCUGCGGCGAAAACAGAGAUGGUGAAGUCAAAGUUACCGAACUCCGUGCUCGGUAAGAUAUGGAAGCUAUCCGACAUCGACAAGGACGGCUUUCUCGACGAGGAGGAGUUCGCGCUCGCGAUGCACCUCAUACGCGUCAAGAUCGACGGACACGACCUACCCUCGGAGCUGCCCCCCCACCUCAUACCCCCCUCCAAACGCAAU